CUAAAAGCCAGUCUAAGUUGGCCUCAGUACAGCCACCAAGCCGAAGGGGUUGGGAUCGAGAGUUUUGCACUCCUCCCUCUCCUCCCUUUGCCGCUAUUACUCCGCUCAGUAUUCAUCAUUGUAACCCUUUCCUAUUACUGUUCUCACCUCUCCGAGCUUCGCCAUGCGGCCUCCCUCGUCCUCUGAGCAAUCGACAAUUAUUCAGGUCUGUGAGCUCCAUGAAAAAGAACAUCGCCUUCGCCCCUACUACCAUCGUUGCGUAGUUCUGGGAUCGUGGUUCAUCAAGUAUGGCGGCCAUGCAGAUCUGGAGUUGGAAUACAAGACGCAAAGUUAUCUCUGGAGCAUGGCGGAUGGCCAUCAGGAGGCACUUCGCAUUCCCCAGGUCCUAGCCUACUUUUCCCCUAAGAAACAGUGGGCAUACUUGGUCACCGAGCGCAUCGAUCCCAUUUUGCCUGCCAAUACUUCCCCUCAAGCCGUCGCCACAGCUAUAGAAUGGCUCUGUUCUGUCCCUCCCCCCUCUGGCCUCACACUCGGCUCAGUUGGAGGUGGCGGCGCCCGCCAUAAACUCUUCAAGGACUUCGAGGCGCCGCUAUCCUUCUCGAGUUCGGAAACUCUGCAGAACUACAUGAACUUGGCACUUCAAAAUAUUCAUUCAGGAGACCGACCAGCAUAUAUGAAUCUUCUCAAUGACCGGCUCAUCUUCACCCAGUCCGACAUGGACGAGAGCAAUUUCGCCCUCGAUGAACACCAAAGGGUCUGCAUGUUUGAUUUUCGAGACGUCGGAGUGCUGCCAGAGUCCUUCGCCAGCUAUACGCUAGGUGACAGUGCCAAUCCCUUUAUAAAAAGCGUAGCCAAGCACUUGGAUUGGGUCAACGAUCACAACAGGAAAUCCAUGGCAAGAGCUGGCGUAAUUUUGCAGACAUUGGGUGAUGCGACUUUCGGUCUUACUUCCAGAAGUUAUACCUGGACUCUAGACUAUUUUAACGUUAGUAUACUAAGCCGCCCCCUUCGAACGUUCAAAAUCAACACUCUUAUAAUAUUACGUUAUAUGUACCCUCUGGUCAACUUCCUUCUCGCUCCCUUCUGCAUCCUGGAGGCCUCCUUGCUGUAGAUUUGGUUGUGGGUUGGUGCCAAACCAAUGCCAAACAUGCCAUGGUUUCGGUUCUUCCGCUUUCAAGUUGGGAAUCCUCGUAUGUCCGAAGAGCUCAUGAAGGAUGCUCUGGUGCUUUGUGUGGGCACAUUGACGCCUUGUGGGGAGAUUCAACUCAAAUUCAUUCCGAGAUAAUAUGCAUGGACAAAUGUCAGUUCCUUGAAGACUAGAGACUAAUAGGCAUUAAUUAUGUCCAUCACGUCCUCUUCUUCUUACACAGAUUUGGAGAUACAUAUUCUCUGGUAUUUAGGAAGGCACAGGCAUAGCUCGAUCUACACCA